GGUGAGUGAGAGGCCCGCGAAGAGAAAACUCUGGUCUCAGGGACGCCGCUUUUGAGUACCUGUGUCGCUGGAAGCGAAGGGUCCCUUGCCUCAGACGUAGAGGACCAACCAGGUGGACUUGUUGACAAACACGGAAACAGAAAUAUUCAGGCAUUCAUAUAAGCAGAGGAAUCAAGAUAAGCAACAAUGUCUGUCACUGAGGAAGAACUGGGUCACCACAUGAAAGUGGUUGUUCGUGUGCGUCCUGAAAACACAAAGGAAAAGAAAUCUGGAUUCCAUAAAGUGGUCCAUGUUGUGGAUAAGCAUAUCUUAGUUUUUGAUCCCAAACAAGAAGAAAUUAGUUUUUUCCAUGGCAAGAAAAUUCUAAAUAGAGAUAUUACAAAGAGACAAAAUAAAGAUCUUAAGUUUGUAUUUGAUGCUGUUUUUGAUGAAACUUCAACUCAACUGGAAGUUUUUGAGCACACUACUAAGCCAAUUCUUCGUAGUUUUUUGAAUGGAUAUAAUUGCACAGUACUUGCAUAUGGUGCCACUGGAGCUGGGAAGACCCACACAAUGCUAGGAUCAGCUGCUGAACCUGGAGUGAUGUACCUAACAUUGUUAGACCUUUAUAAAUACAUGGAUGAAAUUAAAGAAGAGAAAGUAUGUAGUAUCGCAGUUUCUUAUCUGGAGGUAUAUAAUGAACAGAUCCGUGACCUCCUGGUAAAUUCAGCGCCACUUGCUGUCCGGGAUGAUGCCCAAAAAGGGGUGGUUGUUCAGGAACUGACUUUACAUCAGCCUAAAUCCUCAGAGGAAAUUUUACAGUUAUUGGAUAAAGGCAACAAAAAUAGGACACAGCAUCCCACUGAUAUGAAUGCUACAUCUUCUCGUUCUCAUGCUGUUUUCCAGAUUUAUUUGCGACAACAAGACAAAACAGCAAGCAUUAGUCAAAAUGUCCGAAUUGCCAAGAUGUCACUCAUUGACCUGGCAGGAUCUGAGAGAGCCAGUACUACCAACGCUAAAGGGUCCCGGUUUAUAGAAGGCACAAAUAUUAAUCGAUCACUCUUAGCUCUUGGGAAUGUCAUCAAUGUCUUAGCAGAUGCAAAGAGAAAGAAUCCACAUAUUCCUUACAGAAAUAGCAAGCUCACUCGCUUGUUAAAGGAUUCUCUUGGAGGAAACUGUCAAACUAUAAUGAUAGCUGCUGUUAGUCCUUCUUCUGUAUUCUAUGAUGACACGUACAACACUCUUAAGUAUGCUAACCGUGCAAAGGACAUUAAAUCUUCUUUGAAGAGCAAUGUUCUUAACCUCAACAGUCACAUAACUCAGUAUGUAAAGAUCUGUAAUGAGCAGACGCAAGAGAUUUUAAUGUUAAAAGAAAAACUAAAAGCCUAUGAAGAACAGAAAGCCUUUACUGAUGAAAACAAAGCAAAGUUAAAGAUUUCAGACUUUCAGGGAAAAGAAAUUGAAAGAUUUCAAGAAACUCUGAACUGCUUGUUCCAUAAUCGAGAAGAAAUCAGGGAAGAAUGUCUGAAGUUGGAAAUGUUACUUAAAGAAAAUGAACUUAAAUCAUUCUAUCAACAACAGUGCCAUAAACAAAUAGAAAUGGUGUGUUCUGAAGACAAAGUAAAAAAGGCCACUUGCAAACGAGAUCAUAGACUUGCAAUGUUGAAAAAUCGUCGCAGUUACCUAGAGAAGAAAAGGGAGGAAGAAUUAAAGCAAUUUGAUGAGAACACCAAUUGGCUCCAUCGUGUUGAAACUGAAAUGGGACUAUUAGGUCAAAAUGGUCAUAUUGCAAAGGAACUCAAUAAAGAUCUUCAUUGUCACCAUUUGCAUCUGCAGAAUAAAGAUUUGAAAGCACAAAUUAAACACAUGAUGGAUCUAGCUUGUCUUCAAGAACAACAACACAAGCAGACUGAGGGAGUAUUGAAUGCUUUGCUUCCAGCCUUACGAAAGCAAUAUUGUACAUUAAAAGAAGCUGGUCUAUCAAAUGCUACUUUUGAGUCUGACUUCAAAGAAAUUGAACAUUUGGUAGAAAGGAAAAAAGUGGUGGUUUGGGCUGACCAAACUACUGAACACACAAAGCAAAAUGAUCUACCAGAAGUUUCUGGUCUUUUGACCUUUCCGCAACUUGUACCAGUUCAUGCUACUUGUUGCACAUCUACAAGUGAAUCUAAUCUGCUUAAGAGUCCUCCACAAAAAAGAACCCGAAGAAAACUAGUGCCUUCUCCCUUGAAAGCAAGAUAUACCCAAAAGUGUACACUUUCUGAAACCAUGAAGCUUAAUGAUUCUCUCAGCAGAGAACUUCACCCUACUGUCUCUACUCCAGAAGAUUGUAGGAAAACUUUUCGAAGUCCAUCUGCAGUGACCUUAUUAAAACCAUCACCACAUACUACAAAUUUUCAUGCCAUGAGCUCAAAUAUAAUCAGUGAUAAUUCUCUGAAAAGGUUACGUGAAGUAGAUAGCACUUUCAGCAGGACAAAAGAAUAUGGACAGGAGGAUUUGAACCCUACAUUUACUCUCUGUGAAGACAUAAAGAGUUUGAAGAGUAAAUUAUCAAAACAGGAAUCACUACCAAACAAUAACUUUUUACAAAGGCUUGCCCCUCCUUCCUUGUCAACAAAACAUCCUCUCCCUAUACCAACUGUAGCACCAUCCUACAUGGCAAUGACUACUGCUGCCCAAAGGAAAAGGAAAUUAACAAGUUCUGCAUCAAAUACUUCAUUAACUACUGAAGUAAAUUCUGGAUUUGCCAAACGUGUUGGACAAGAUAAUUCAAGUAAUACCCACUUAAAAGAAAACAGACCAACAGGGGAAUAUAAAAGAAAUAUCCCUAAAACAAGGCCAAAUAUGGUUAGAAAAUUUGGAGGAAGUAUUUCAAAAGGAAUCUAAGAUAAGUCACUUCACAACAGAGGAAAAUGAAGCUGACGUGUCUGCUCUUGCGGUCUUAUUUCCAGUGUCAGAAACACCCCUAGAUCUGGAAGAAAAUCAUCUUAAAGCCACUUCAGCAAGCAGAAAAUGAAAUUCUUUGAGUUUUUUGUUCUUUUGUAUUCUAAGCAAAUAUAAAAUUUCAAAAAAAAAAGUUGUUUUAAGUUCCUAAAAUAUUUGCUAUCCCUAAAAAAUCCCAAGUUAGCAUGGUGGCAGCUCAAUUCUACUCUACUGCCACAAGUUGAUUAGGACAUUUUAAAAACAAUAGUGAGUUAAAUUAUCCUACUGUUUUUUUGAAAAUAAGGAGAAUUUAGAAGUUAUAAAAGUAUAGCUCAGGAUGUAUUUAGUUUUAAGUUAUUUUAAUCAUAUAUGACUUUCCUUUUCAAAAAUACUUUGAUAUACAACUAUACAUAUGUGCCCAUAAAGUCAUUGUAAAUAUUAUUUAAAUAGUCUUCAUGAAUAAAAUACUAAUAUUGUUCCUUGCUACUCGAUGUAUUAAAGGUGAA